CAUCACAAACCGAGACGCAUGACCAAUGAGCUCUCUCUUGCGAACGUACCCAGAUUUCAGUUAACAGUGAUAAUUGGUGUAUAUGCACGACUUUAAAGCUCAGCAGCUCAGAUAAGUUGGUGACCAGAGUGGAAACGGUGCAAGAUGGGCAAACAAGCUGGAAGGCAGUGCGGGUGCUUAGUUUUCUGAGGACAAAAGCGGCGCUCCGUGCCAUUGCGCACAACUUCUUUAUUGCAUGCAAACGCACCAAAGCCGAAUUACUGAGUAGAAUUUCCUGAGCAGGAGCAAAUAUGGCUAUGCUUAGUUCUUUGAUUAUUUUCACAAAGUUUCUACUUUAUUUGAAACUAACAUAUUGCAUGGAGAUAGAUUUCUGCAUACCUGUCCGUGUGGAUCAUCAAAAGCAUGAAAAGCAUCUUCACCGGCGCGCGGAGCAGAUGACUGAAAGACUGAUAGUUUUUAGACUAAGUGCAUUCAAACAGGAACUUUACCUCCACCUUACGCCGGAUUCCAGUUUUCUUGAACCGGGCAGCUUGACGCCUGAAAGCGGCUCCUCAGCAUCCAACGCCUCUGCAACAGCUGACUUACGGGAAUGCUUCUACUCCGGGGAUGUCAACGCCGAACCGGACUCCUACGCCGCGCUCAGUCUGUGUAAAGGUCUCCAUGGGAGUUUUUCCUAUAACGGCAUGGAGUAUUUCAUCAGCCAGACCAGAACUGAAGACGCAGCAGCUGCGUCUGGAAAUGGAAACUCUUUCGACAGGACGCAUGUCAUCCGCCGCCGGAGACGCGCUACGCACUCAGGCGGCAACUUCACCAGCAGGUGUGGAGUUGCACCUGACACCAACUUCAACAUUUCCCUGGAGAAAUACAAGCACAUCAGUGAACUGGCGAUUGAUGGCUUUACUGAAACUGUGUUGAAAAUUGGGAGGUCCAAGAGGUUUGCCUCCAUCCCCAGGUUUGUGGAGGUGCUGGUGGUGGCAGAUGAAUCUAUGGCUACAUUUCACGGGGAUGACCUAAAGCAUUACCUCCUGACCCUGAUGUCAGUAGCAGCCAGGCUUUACAAGCACCCCAGCAUUCUCAACUCCAUAAACAUAGUGGUGGUGGGUUUCAUGGUCAUAAAUGAAGCUGACAAGGGACCCAAGGUUUCCAGUAAUGCAGCCCUGACUCUGCGCAACUUCUGCUCCUGGCAGAAGAAGUUGAAUAAACACAGCGACAAGCACCCAGAAUACUGGGAUACUGCCAUACUGUUCACCAAACAGGAUCUUUGCGGGGCCACAACCUGUGAUACACUGGGUAUGGCUGACGUUGGAACCAUGUGUGACCCGAAGAGGAGCUGCUCUGUCAUUGAAGAUGAUGGCUUGCCCUCUGCUUUCACAGCUGCCCACGAACUUGGCCACGUCUUCAACAUGCCCCACGACAAUGUGAAGGCGUGUGAGGAGGUAUUUGGGAAACUAAAGGACAACCACAUGAUGUCUCCCACACUGAUUCAGAUCGACAGGAGCAGGCCCUGGUCUGUGUGCAGCGCAGCCAUCAUUACUGAGUUCCUGGACAGAGGUCAUGGAGACUGUCUGUUGGACCAACCUCAAAGGCAGCUGUCUCUCUCAGACAACCUGCCUGGUUCCAGCUACAGCCUGCACCGCCAGUGUGAGCUUGCUUUCGGCCCCGGCUCCAAGCCCUGCCCGUACAUGCAGCCCUGCUCCAAGCUGUGGUGCACCGGGAAGGCCCGCGGCCAGUUGGUCUGUCAAACCCGACACUUCCCCUGGGCGGACGGCACCAACUGUGGCAACAGCAAGGUCUGCUACCGAGGAGCCUGCACUGAUAAGAACAACACCAUGCACAUCAAGGUGGAUGGCCGGUGGGGGAAGUGGGGAGCAUUUGGAGACUGUUCCCGAAGUUGUGAUGGAGGAGUUCAGCUGGCAAAGAGGGAGUGUGACAACCCUCUUCCUGAGAAUGGAGGCAAAUACUGCUAUGGCCUUCGCAUCAAAUAUCGCUCCUGUAACUUCAACCCUUGUCCUGAAACAGGUAAGAGUUUCCGUGAGGAGCAGUGCGAGGCGUUUAAUGGCUUAAACCUGAACACCAACAGACUAGGUUCCUCUGUGGUUUGGGUUCCUAAAUAUUCGGGCAUCUCUCCCAAAGACAAAUGCAAGCUUAUCUGCCGCGCCAACGGGACUGGGUACUUCUAUGUCCUCGCUCCCAAGGUUGUGGAUGGGACGCCCUGCUCUCCUGACACCUCAGCUGUAUGUGUUCAAGGAAAAUGCAUCAAGGCAGGCUGCGAUGGCAAGCUGGACUCUAACAGGAAGUUUGACAAGUGUGGUGUGUGUGGCGGCGACAACCAGGGCUGCAAGAAGGUCUCAGGAUUGUUCACCAAACCUAUUCAUGGCUACAACUUUGUGGUGAUGCUGCCUGUUGGAGCUUCCAACAUUGACGUCCGUCAGCGUGGCUACCGAGGAAUGGUCAGCGAUGAAAACUACUUAGCAGUGAAGAAUCGGCAUGGCAAGUACCUGCUGAACGGCAACUACGUGGUGUCAGCCGUGGAGCGCGACUUGCUAGUGAAGGGCAGCUUACUGCGCUACAGCGGCACCUCCACAUCCGUGGAGAUUCUUCAGGCCACCAGACCCCUGCAGGAACCUCUGACUGUGGAGGUGCUCUCGGUAGGGAAGAUGACUCCUCCCAGGGUGCGCUACUCCUUUUACAUCGCCAAGGAGAGCAAAGAGCAGAAGACUCUGCGGAAAGAGGAGAAAAGCCACACCGCGCAUAAUAGUGUCUUGGCGGACAGUAAUAGGGUAGAAGCUAAGACGCCGAUGAUGGGUAAGAGGCCGGUCAGUCAUUGGGUGACAGGAAGUUGGGAUUCGUGCACAGUGACUUGUGGGAAUGGUCUGAUGAAGAGGCUGGUGCAGUGCCAGAGCAUGGAGGGGCAUCCUGCAGUGGACUGUGACAUUGCUGACAGGCCUGUAGCAGUGAGAGCAUGUGGUGAACCAUGUCCCAUGUGGGAUGUAGGGGCCUGGUCUCACUGCUCCAAGUCCUGUGGAAGGGGCUUUAAAAGGCGGCCAGUGCGCUGCAUGACCGAGAAUGGUCUAAAUCUACCCAGAGACCACUGCUCUGGAAGGAGGAAGCCUCAGGAACUGGACCUCUGUAAUCUGAAGGCAUGUUAAAGCAGAAGAGACACAACCAAAGGACUUAUUUUUGUCAGUCAAAGUGACAAUUUGCCCAAAUCAGCAUGAUAAUGAUUCCACGGCUGUGUUGGGUGGAAAUACUCUCAAACGCAGCCUGACUGUGUCUGAAGAGGCGUCUGCUACACUGAAGAAAGCCAAUGGAGACAGAGAGGGUCUGCCUCUAUUGUAUGAAAAGACAGAUAUCAGUUUAGAUAAAAGAAAAGAAUGAAAGCUGUCUUCUUGUAAACUGUCAAACCAUCUGCCUCAGUUUUGACUUGUGGUUAGUCUACCUCUACCAGGACAGAUGACACAAUGCCUGAACAUAUACAGAGAGUAACAGAGGAGAAAGAUGCAGAGACACACACAUCUGCACACAAACAUAAUUUCUUGGUAAAGUUACCUGCGUGGGAUGAAAUUGCAAAAGCAGAGAAAAGUCCAGACAGAGAGACAAAGCGUGGUGAGGUAUAACCUCAGCACUCACACUGUGCGUUAUCACAAGCAGAUAUCUUACCUGUGAAUUGACAUCGUUCUCUUUUCACUGAAGAACUAAUAAAAAUGUGAAAGACAGUACUGUAACAUUCAUGCACCAUUCAAGACCUGAUUGGUCCAUGCAGUUUCUGCAUCUUUUUUGUAAUUUGUCUUGAUUUAGUGCUGUGGCUGUUGUCUGAUGUAGAAUAAUCAAAGCCAGCAGCCAAUCACACUGCCAGUCAGAGUCAGAUCAUAGCUUUACAAGCUUUAUAUCCUAACAAAAUGAAAAACAGACAAUAUAUUACACACCUGAUACAAUCUUCAUGAAUUAGAUCAAUAUCAAAGAACUCCUGAAUUUUACCAAAAAAGUAAAAAUAUUUUUUAGAAGAGGAAAAUAAGUUUAGAGUUAAGAUGUUAGCAUAUUAUAUCCAGUGAAUGUAGGCUGUUUGUAUGGUGCAAUCAUAAUGCGUCUUUGUCCGUUUUGUGUAAACUAAACAGAGCAAUGCUCCUGUUUGUUCUGUUGCCAAAGAAUUAUAACCUUUCAAAAAGCCUUAGUACUUUGAGACACAUCUCUGAUGGAACUUCUUUUGUCUGCUACAACAUAUACACACUUUUUUUUUUCUUUGAGAAAAAACUAAAACCAAAAGGGACAAAUUAAUUAAUUAUUUUGGGUUUUAUGAUGGCGCCCUCCUAGUUUUGCAUUUAUUCAACGGAAUCCCCAUUUCGAUAGAGCCAAUUAAAUCUUGCAUAAAGCAUUAAUGUCAGUGUUCAAUCAUGGGCAUGGCAGAUGGUCACACUGAGCCAGACAGCAACCUGUUCCACAACACAAGAUAUUCAGACUCUGAUCAACAACUACAUUAGCUCCAGAGCACUGCUAACGUCAGUGUGUGCAGACUAGUUAGCUAAUUAUCUGCUCAGCACAUUAAACAGCAUGUGAACGCAAAAGCCACCCUGGUCCAGUUAAAUGCUGCUGUGCUCCUUACGGUUCAAUACCAGUAACAACACACUGUCUGCCCAUUACAUGAAGACUACAGCACUACAAGUUUUUUUACUUUGUCUCUCAUUCCUUAUGGUGUAGUCUCGCUUUGCCAGACCUUCCUUCACAGCGCUGCGGCUUACGGUGUAACACCGGCACUCUGGCAGCUUGCCAAAGCAAUGUGAGGAUGUCAUCUUGGGUUCUAGGAAAUUGUGAUGGACACUUCUUUUUUACUAUUUCCUAAGACUUUAUAGAUCAAACGAUUGAGGUUUGAAGUUUGCGCCUUCAUGAAAAAAGGAGGUUGUUGUCAGUUUUGAAGAAGGUAUUGAUCUAGAUUUCUCAAACUGUAGAUGUAGCAUAUACCACUUCUCUACUGUGUAUGUAUGUUCACUAGGUUAUAUGCCUUACUGUAAUUGAUUAGAUUAGCAAUAAUAAUAAUAAUAAUAAUAGUGGUUUAUUCAUAGAGUCCUUUUCUAGUAAAACGCAAAGUGCUUCCCAGUUAGAAAAAUAUAAGACAAUGACAGGACCUAAGCAGCAUUUAAACAGUAAAAAUCAGCAAACAAAAUAAUACAUAGCAGUAGUAGAAAAUACAAAAAGACUUAAACAUACAUACAAUCAAUGAAAUAAAACAUUCCUAAUUACAGACAUUGGCUAUGCAAAAGGCAUAAAGAAAGAAAAUGUAUUAGUGGUUUAAGACAAAGAAACAAGACAUAACAAUAAUCUAGGCAUUAAUAUUGUUAAAUGAAUACGCUGUUUUCAGGUAAUGCGGUUGCCCUCCUCAAAGCUCCAUGAAUACAAUGCAUGUUGGCUUGUGGCAUCGCCAAAACUUUCAGUCUUUGGUCCUGCUGCUGCAUAGCAGCUUCAUCACCUCUUGCCCUUAAUGACAUAUUGCAACAUGCCAGCCUAUCAUUAUACAUUAUACUGCCCGAAAUGUAUAUGGUUUGAUUAUUUGCUCAGGUGUUACACUCAUUCUCUUUAGUGAACUGUUUCAGAAAAAGGAUGUUCUUCUCUAUCCAUCCAUCCAUGGUGAAAUUAAAGGAACAAUCCUCCCUAAAACACAAUCAAACACCUAUUGUUGUAUAUCAUGGCAUUCCAGUUUGUUGUUUUGAAGGGACUGAUUUUAUUCCAUUGGAUAAAUGUUGCUGCAUUUUCAACACAGCUGAAAAUAUGCAUGCUCGCAGCUGUCUUAAAAAUACUUGGUAAAAGUCCAGUUUUGCUGUCACGCCCUAAGAUUUGAAGUGCAAGGGCGUCUGUCUGGACCAUUUGACAUGUUUACAAUGUUCAUUAAUAAAAAAGACAGAAAUGUACUAAAAGAAAAGAAUUCCAUCAUCUAUGCUAUUAUAACUUUCAACACUUCCAAUGUCAACACUCUUAAUGAAACAACAUGUGGAAUGCAUCAAAUAUCGCAGAAUAAUAGAUUUGGAUUUGGAUUUGAAGUUGGUCCUUUAAACUGAUUGACAAAAUGCCAACAGGUCCUUCAACAAAAAAAUGUAUUACACUCUUAAUUUCCAGUCGGAUUUGGUUCAGAGGACCUACCAUUCAAAAGAUGGCACUGUACAGUUAGUUUUUCUUUCUUUCACAUCAUGGUAAUG